CCAAAAAUUGCAACUUCGUUUUAUUUAAGCGAAAACGCACAGUUGUUUUCAGUUUCACUUCAGUUGCAAUGUACACCGUCUGAUCAUUUUUUACUCCCUGCUCCUACAUACCGUCUGAUCGGUAUCCAAUGGGAGCUCGCUGCUCUAAGUUCUCUCUCUGUUGGUUCCAUUCUCACCUCAAGCACGGAGUGCUUGAAUCUUCCGAUCUCGAUAAUAACGGCAACUCAUGGCCGAGUUUCACUGACUUCAGUUUGGAGCAACUGAAAGCCGCCACGGCUGGUUUUUCUCCCGAUAACAUAAUAUCGGAACACGGUGAAAAGGCUCCUAACGUUGUGUACAAAGGAAAGCUGGACAAUGACCGUUGGAUCGCCGUUAAGCGGUUCAACAAGCUGGCCUGGCCCGAUUCUCGCCAAUUCCUCGAGGAGGCGAGGUCGGUGGGGAAUUUAAGGAGCGAAAGAUUGGCGAAUCUGAUUGGUUGUUGCUAUGAAGGCGAUGAGAGAUUGCUGGUUGCGGAGUUUAUGCCGAAUGAUACUCUUGCAAAACAUCUCUUUCACUGGGAGACCGAGCCCAUGAAAUGGGCUAUGAGGUUGAGGGUGGCACUGUAUUUGGCCCAAGCUCUGGAAUAUUGCGGCAGCAAAGGAAGGGCACUGUACCAUGAUCUCAAUGCCUACAGGAUUUUGUUUGAUAAGGAUGGUAACCCCCGGCUUUCUUGCUUUGGCCUCAUGAAAAAUAGCAGAGAUGGCAGAAGUUACAGCACAAACUUGGCUUUCACCCCUCCAGAGUACUUGAGAACAGGCAGAGUGACACCAGAAAGUGUAGUGUACAGCUUUGGCACCUUGUUACUAGAUCUUCUAAGUGGCAAACAUAUUCCCCCUAGCCAUGCACUUGACUUGAUUCGUGGGAAGAAUUUCCUAAUGUUAAUGGACUCAGCUUUGGAGGGCCAUUGUUCAAAUGAUGAUGGAACUGAAUUAAUGCGGUUAGCUUCUCGUUGUCUGCAGUAUGAAGCUCGAGAGAGGCCAAAUGUAAAGUCUCUUGUCACCGCUCUCAUGUCACUCCAGAAAGAAGCAGAG